AUGAGCCCCAGCAUCCGUACGCGUGGCAAUGCACGAGAUCCACGGGCCGGAGCUUGGAUCCUGUCCCGCCACUCCGGCGAUAAUAACCGCAUUCCUCAGCGCCGCCUGGCCCCAGUUGCAGCGCACAAGUGCACGGAGGAGGAACGGAAAUCACUGAUCACUCCCCUGGUUUUCUGUCUGCUUCUACAACCACCACAGACACUGCUUUCCAUUACCACAAAACCAAACAUUGUCCUAUUGAUGGCUGAUGACCUUGGCAUAGGAGACAUAGGUUGCUAUGGGAAUGAUACUAUCAGGACCCCAAAUAUCGACCGUCUGGCAAAGGAAGGCGUGAAACUGACCCAGCACAUUGCGGCGGCUCCGCUUUGCACCCCCAGCAGAGCAGCUUUCCUCACUGGCAGAUAUCCCCUCCGAUCAGGCAUGGAUGCUAUAAACAAUUACCGUGUUAUUUUCUGGAAUGGUGGCUCAGGAGGGCUCCCUCCAAAUGAAACCACUUUUGCCAAAAUAUUGCAGCAACAGGGCUACAGCACAGGACUAAUAGGGAAGUGGCAUCAAGGUGUUAACUGUGAAUCCUACAAUGACCAUUGUCAUCACCCUUUAAACCACGGGUUUGGUUAUUUUUAUGGCAUGCCUUUUACACUAAUAAGUGACUGCGUAACAACAGAACCUCCAGAGAUGGACAGAGAAUUUCGAAGGAAACUCUGGCUUUACACACAAAUGAUGGGUCUUGCUACACUCACUUUUGCCCUAGCAAGACUUACAGGCUUGAUUCCAGUCAGCUGGAAAACAGUGACCUGCCUUGCUGUGUUUAGUCUCCUAUUCUUUGCAUCCUGGUUCUCAAGUUAUGGAUUUAUAAGAUACUGGAACUGCAUUAUGAUGAGAAACCAUGAAGUUACUGAACAGCCAAUGGUGACAGAGAGGACUACGUCCCUGAUUGUGAGAGAGUCCAUUUCAUUUAUUGGAAGAAACAAGCACAAGCCAUUCCUCCUCUUUCUUUCCUUUUUACACUCCCACACUCCUCUCCUCACCACAGAGAAGUUUCUUGGGAAGAGCAGGCAUGGUUUAUAUGGAGACAAUGUAGAGGAGAUGGACUGGAUGGUGGGCCAAGUUCUAGAAGCACUUGAGAAGGAAGGCUUGAAAAAUACUACACUAGUUUACUUUACUUCUGAUCAUGGUGGAUGGCUGGAAAGGCAAGAAGGAAAAAGGCAGCUGGGUGGCUGGAAUGGAAUAUACAGAGGUGGAAAAGCUAUGGGAGGCUGGGAAGGAGGAAUCCGUGUCCCAGGGAUAUUUAGAUGGCCAGGAAUGUUACCUGCAAACACAGUUAUUGAUGAACCUACAAGCCUUAUGGACAUAUAUCCUACAGUAGUGCAUCUGGCUGGAGGGGCAGUACCCCAGGACAGGGUAAUUGAUGGCCGGGACCUGAUGCCUUUGCUGCAAGGAACAGUUCAGCACUCUGAGCAUGAAUUCCUGUUUCACUACUGCGGUGUUCACCUACACGCAGUGCGGUGGCACCAGAAGGACAGUGGAGCCAUCUGGAAGGCUCAUUUUGUGACCCCAGUCUUCCAUCCACCUGGGGCUGGAGCUUGUUAUGACAGAGGAGUUUGCCCGUGCUUUGGGGAAGGUGUGACCCACCACGACCCUCCGCUGCUGUUUGACCUCUCACGAGACCCUUCUGAGGCCAAACCGCUAACAGCCGAGACUGAGCCCUUCUUUGACAUUGUUCUAAAGAAGAUUGGAAGAGCCGUUGAAGAGCAUCGCAGGACACUGACUCCAGUCCCAGAGCAGCUCUCCUUCUACAACAGUAUGUGGAAGCCGUGGCUGCAGCCCUGCUGUGGGACAUUCCCCUUCUGUUGGUGUGAUAAGGAAGGCAAUUUGAAACUCGCUGAUCUAUAA